UUUUUCUUUGUUCUGCAAACCAGUCCAAAGAGAGCUUCACUAUUUUUUCAAAGUCUGUCUCUUUCUCUCUCCCACAUUUAUUUCUCUAUUUAAGUAUUUGUUUAUUAUCAGAUAUCUCUGCUCACAGUAGUAAUCGGAGGAGCAGAGUGAACACAAAGAGAACUCUGUGAAUUCCAAAAAUGGAGGGGGGUGUUACUAAACCAGACAAAACAGAGUUCACAGAAUGCUGGCGCACAAGCUGGAAAAAACCUUAUAUUAUGCGAUUAGCCUUUUCGGCCGGUAUCGGGGGGCUAUUGUUCGGUUACGAUACCGGUGUUAUUUCCGGUGCCCUUCUUUACAUUCGAGACGACUUCAAAUCUGUCGAGAAACACACUUGGCUGCAGGAAACGAUAGUUAGCACAGCUGUAGCUGGAGCUAUAGCUGGUGCUGCGUUUGGCGGAUGGAUGAACGACAAAUACGGUCGGAAAAAAUCCAUUCUUUUGGCCGAUGUAUUGUUCUUCAUCGGUGCGAUUAUCAUGGCUGCUUCUGUGGGCCCAUGGAUGAUAAUUCUAGGACGAGUAUUCGUCGGUCUUGGAGUUGGAAUGGCGUCCAUGACAGCACCGCUUUACAUUUCUGAAGCCUCGCCUGCAAGAAUCAGAGGCGCUUUAGUCAGCACGAACGGUUUGCUUAUCACCGGGGGACAAUUCUUGGCUUAUCUCAUCAAUUUAGCAUUCACCAAGGCACCUGGAACAUGGCGGUGGAUGCUCGGAGUAGCCGCAGUUCCGGCUCUCGUUCAGUUCAUCUUGAUGCUAUCACUUCCCGAGUCUCCUAGAUGGCUAUACCGACAUGAUAAGGUGAAAGAGGCCAGGGUUAUUUUGGAGAAAAUCUACCCUGAAAACGAAGUCGAAGAAGAAAUGAAGGCUUUAAAAUCAUCGGUAGAAGCUGAAAAGGCCGAUGAAGGGUCAAUAGGGAACGGUCUAUUUGCAAAACUCAAGAAUAUAUGGGGAAACGACGUUGUGCGAAGAGGGCUCUAUGCUGGUAUAACCGUACAAGUGGCUCAACAGUUUGUUGGCAUAAACACCGUUAUGUACUACAGUCCAACGAUCGUCCAGCAGGCGGGGUUCGCUUCGAACAAGACGGCUCUUGCUCUCUCUCUCAUCACUUCCGGUCUUAAUGCUGUGGGGUCCGUUGUCAGCAUGGCCUUUGUCGAUAGGUUUGGGAGGAGAAGGCUCAUGAUUAUAUCCAUGUUCGGUAUUAUAACAUGUCUUGUAGUGUUGUCUGUUCUGUUUCACGAAGCGUCCUCUCACGCGCCUCGUGUGAGUGGGGUUGAAUCCGUUCAUUUUGGAGGGAACGCCACCUGUCAGGGCUUCUCGCGGGCCCCGCAGCCGAUGUCGUGGAAUUGCAUGUCGUGCGUGAGCUCCUCGUCCCAAUGCGCUUUCUGCGCUAGCGGGGAUAGCAAGUAUCAACCGGGGGCAUGUUUGGCAGCAACGGACGAGAUAAGAGCCAUGUGCCGAGGGGAAAAGCGAACAUGGUACACAAAAGGGUGUCCGAGCAAAUUCGGUUUUUUCACGGUGAUGCUUUUGGGAAUGUACAUAAUAUCAUACUCGCCGGGAAUGGGGACUGUGCCAUGGAUUGUGAACUCCGAGAUUUAUCCGUUGAGAUACAGAGGGAUUGGAGGAGGGAUUGCUGCGGUUUCUAAUUGGGUUUCGAAUCUGAUUGUGAGCGAGACUUUCUUGACUUUAACCGAGACGCUUGGUUCGGCGGGGACUUUCCUCCUUUUCGCUGGUUUUUCGACUAUUGGACUUAUAGCUAUCUAUUUUGUUGUGCCCGAGACAAAGGGAUUGCAGUUUGAGGAGGUGGAGAAGAUGCUCGAGAAGGGGUUUAGACCUAGAUUAUGCUGCGGUAGUAAUUCUUCUUCUUCCACGGAGAAAGAUGAUGAUAAUUUGAAAUAAGUUUUUCGCUUUCUUCCAUGUUGUGUAAAAUUACUAUUUGAAUUUUGUUCGACUAAUAGUCUUGUCGAAGUGCAAUGCGAUUGUCAGCAUGUAACCAAACAAUAACGAAACGGUGACCAAAUGAUUCGGGUGGCAAGCAAAUCUUAACCCAUUUGCAGACAUGAAUUUUCUAGUACUGA